AUGUCUCCAGCACCGGCAUUUCUUCAAUUGAGCCCCGCAGAGCAAAGGGCUAGGUUUCUCAGAAUAUCUCAAGUCUGUGACGAACAUCUAGACGAUGCUUUCGAAAAAGUGGACUCUGAGUGGGCCAUGCUAGAAGGACAGAAGAAGAUAAAUGCUAAGAGAAACAGAUAUCUGAAUGUGUUCCCGUACGACAAAACUAGGGUCGCUUUACCCGUACUUCCUGGAGCAAGAUCAGACUAUAUCAAUGCGUCUCAUAUAAACUUGGCCGGAGGGUUCAACUACAUCGCUGCUCAAGGCCCGUUGCUCAAUACAAUUCCACAUUUCUGGGCUAUGGCAUUUCACCAGGCUGAAUUGCAGAAAGUUGAUACCGUGGUGGUAGCGAUGAUGACACCCUUGGUUGAGAAUGGAAGAGAGAAGUGCAGCCACUACUGGCCCGAUGCUAAAGACCCUACUUGGGAUUUCAGUGAAACCUUGAGGUCAGAAGGGAUCUCUCCCGGGGAAUUGAAGAUUACUUGGAAGAGCAGCGAAAGAAUUCACAACGGAGACCUCAUUCUCUCAGAGUUCAGAUUGGACUCACCGACUACCUCCAAAAAAGUUCUCCAUUUCUAUUUCCAGAGGUGGGAGGAUAACAAGGUCCCCGAUCUGAUGGACCCGAUUCUCGCUCUUUCUUUGGAGAUUCGGAAAAUCCUUGAGAAGGACCCUCGGAUAGCACCCAUCGUUCACUGUUCCGCUGGUGUGGGGAGAACAGGCACAUACAUCGCCAUAGAUUACUUGCUCAAUGGGCCCACUUUCUUUGCGCUGGACAUUGAUGACCCUGUGUUCGAUAUAACUACCAAGCUUCGCAACCAGAGGAUGAUGAUGGUUCAGACAGUCUUCCAGUACAUGUUUUUGUACGGUGUAGCCAGGCGGCUAUAUGAGGAGAAAAGCAUUGCCAAAGGCGCAUAG